CUUCCGUAUACACUGUGUUCGUUAGUUUCUACUUAUAGCCUCAUGAUGUCUAAGUUCAAAACCGUAACUUGGCCUAAAGUGAUUUUAUUUGGCGACUCCAUCACACAGUUUUCAUUUCAACCCAAUGGAUGGGGUGCAGAAAUUGCGGACAAAUUAGCAAGAAAGUGUGAUGUUGUAAACAGAGGACUGUCUGGCUACAACUCCAAAUGGGGUAAGAUUGUUCUUCCUCGCCUCAUCAACAGCCAGAGCUCAGCAGACAACAACAUAGCUGCUGUCACUGUCUUCUUUGGAGCCAACGACUGUUCACUGGAAGAUAAAAACCCCCAACAGCACAUCCCUCUGCAGGAGUAUUCAGAGAACCUGAAGGAGAUCACCCGCUUUCUGGCUUCAGCUGGAGUGUCAGCAGACAAAGUUAUCUUCAUCACCCCCCCACCUAUCCAUGAACCAGCCUGGGAGAAGCAGUGCAUUUUGAAAGGAUUUUCUCUCAAUCGCCACAACUCUGUAGCGGGGCAGUAUGCCCAGGCGUGUGUUCAGGCUGCUAGUCAGUGUGGCACAGAUGUCCUGGACCUCUGGACACUCAUGCAGAAAGAUGGACAGGACUACACAGUCUACUUGUCUGACGGAUUACAUCUCUCAGAGAAGGGAAACCAGUUUGUGGCCCAGCACCUGUGGGGGCUGCUGGAGAGCCGAGUGGCCAACCUGCCCUUCAUUCUGCCUUACUGGGGAGACGUGGACGCCAAGAGCCCUGAGAGCAGCCUCCUCUGUGACCAGUGAAAACAGUUAAGAAAAAAUAUUCUGGCCUGGGCAUUUUGUCGAGAGCCUGACACUGGACUGAAUUCCUGCUACUAAACAAUGAAGCAGCUCUGAUUUGUAUUUGCCAGGUAUGUGCAAUACAAGAUCAUGUAUUAAUGUUAAAAAAUGCAUAAAAUGCAUAAUAAAGAUUUUUAUUUUGA